UAUCAUGGUGUACUUUGAGAAAAUGAAAUGAGCAUUUGAGGAGCUUAGGCACUGUUCGAGUUAUUGUUGUUUUCUACAUGGGUGAAAAUGCUAAGCCCCCCACACCCACACAAGAGACUACUUAAGUUAGGUGGCUUUGGUUCUUAGGCUCAGGAUCUUGCUGCUCCCUCAAAAGAAAAGGUCAGGAACUGGUCCACAAUUAACAAAGAUUUCUUCUCAUUCCAAUUCCAGAGUGUCUUUCUUAUUCUUUCACUUAAUAGAGUUCUUGCAAGCAAAGGCCAGUGCUCUUUUUAUUCAGUAGCUAAUUUUCUUAUCCAUCUUCCUCCACUGCUGGGUCUCUAAGGUUGGGAAAGAGUUUGGAGAAGAAGCGGGGUACCUAGAUAAGGUUCUCUGGAGUCUCAGAGCUUCCAAUUUUUCAGUGUUUUUCUGCCAAAACAAAAGAAAAUGGGCAAGUGGGUUCAUUAUUAGUUCACUUAGAGUCCCAAGAAUCUCAGACCCAAGCCACAGCUGAUUAUUAUUAUUAUUAUUAUUAUUAUCUUUGUUAUUUGAGUGGUCUAAUUCUUUCCUGUCCUUAACCUUUUCCUUUUGGUGUCCAGGACAAAAAAAAAAAAAAAGAGAGUAGCAAAAGAUAAGAAUUAGCACACAGAUAGAGAGAAAGAAUGGAUCUUUCUGGCCAUGAAGGAGAAAUCCCAAUCCCAAUAACCAGCGCAUAUGUUGGUGGCCAUGGGCACACCAUCAUCCAUGACACCCCUCCCCUCCACCACCACCCUUCCAAUGGACCUCCCCCUCCCCCUCCCCUGCCCACAGCUACAUCAGAGGACCACCAGCACCACCCUACCAACCCCUACAGCUCUAAGAAAGGAGUGGUGCUGAAGUACAGGGAGUGCCUCAAGAACCAUGCAGCCUCCAUUGGUGGUAAUGCCACUGAUGGCUGUGGUGAGUUCAUGCCAAGCGGUGAGGAGGGCACCCUGGAGGCCUUGAAGUGUUCUGCCUGCAACUGCCACAGGAACUUCCACAGGAAAGAGGUAGAAGGGGAGUCCUCCUCCUGCGACUGCUUCCACCACCUUAAGGGAAGAAAGGUGCUUGGCCAGAAGGGGCUCUUGAUCUCAGGACCAGAGGCAUUUGGCUAUGCUCCUGCCGGCAACAGUCUCAUUCCAAGGGCAUCACCACACCAUAUGAUCAUGCCCCUGGGAGCCCUGCAGACCUCUGAAUCUGAUGAUAUGGAAGGGUUCGGUGGUGGGGCCAUGGUGAGGCCUCCCAUGGUGAAGAAGAGGUUCAGGACCAAGUUCACACCAGAGCAGAAGGAGAAGAUGCUGAGCUUUGCUGAGAAGGUCGGGUGGAGGCUCCAGAAGCAGGAGGAGAGUGUGGUGCAGCAGUUCUGCCAAGAGAUUGGGGUGAAGAGGAGGGUCCUCAAGGUGUGGAUGCACAACAACAAGCAUAACUUGGCUAAGAAGAGCCCCCCUCUCCAGCUUGAAUGACUGCUGGUUCCACUCCCUCUCUUAGUUCCUCUCGGUCUUAAUCUGAUGGUUUUCUAUGGCCAAUGCUGAUUCUAGAGGUGGAUUUAGAUAGUAGCAUGUUUUGACUGUCGUUUCUUUCUUACUCUUUGGAAUUUCAUCUCUCUUGUUAGUUCUCGAUUGUUAAGGUGAUGUAGCUUAGGCAGUUUGGUAGACAUCAACCAUGCUCUCUCUCUCUCUCUUUUCUUCUUCUAAUGGCUAAAAACCUUAAGACUUUGAUCAUUUGGAUGUGAACUGCGCAUAAUGCUUUCAUGGAUUUUCCACAGCAGAUGAGGAAGAAACCCCUUGAUGAACUGCUUCUUGUUUUAGUCAUAUUAUUUUCUUUUUAAGUAACGUUCCUCUUAAUCCAUUAAAAGAUAAACUGCAAUUUCAUGACGA